CGUAUACCGAUGGGAAAAUCAGGAAUCAGGAAUACCAAAUAAGUCCAUCGACAUUCCCAAAACAAACCGACUAGGUCAUACAUCUGGAGAAUCCUUCUCCAGGUAACCAUCUUGAAUCAUCUUUCCACCAGUGAUACGUUUGGAGUUGCAAAUCURCCACACAUUCUGUGGCAAAGGACUAAAAGGAUCCUCCGAAUAGUCGACAUAAGAGUGCCUAGCGCCUGAAGAGCAACAAAGCUAUGGCGAGUAGAAACAAUCCUGGCAGUCCUGCUGCCCUAACCAUUCCAGRUAGCUCUAGUUUGGGUACGUCGAAUACAGCGACUACACCACARCAGCAAUACMACAAGACGCCGCGUGGAGGUAACUCACGUAGCUUGGCAGCUCCGUUGGUAUCGGCUUGUAAACACUUGCUACAACCCAAUGGAAGCAUCAAGGGAAGCGACGUGGCUGCGGCAGUCCUGCCCCAUUUCGACGACCUCUGUUCUGCRUUUCCAGUYGAGAGCUUUGGCGAUCGCAACGCCUUGUACGGUGUMGACGGAAAAAGACGCCCCAUCACUCACACACGGAUAAGAGACUUCAUUUUGAACGAAUUUGGGCCUACCCUUCAUGAAUACGGCAUUGGUCGAGGCCAGCGUAUUGCACUUGUCUUACCCAAUGGGCCGGAAUUGGCCCUAUCGAUUUUGGCUUGCGCACAUUGGGCAUCCUGUGUUCCUCUCAAUGCCAAUGGGGCAAUAUCGGAACUAAAGAAAGACUUGCAGGCCUCCCGGGCCAAGAUGAUUAUUGGAAUGGCGGGGAUGGCAGGAGAAUCCCCAUCGGACGACCUCAGGGCCCUCCAAGACAUGGCCAGGGCAUUGAAUAUCCCUUUCUACGGGAUGGUUCCAAGCAACGAAGAAGUAGGGAUUUUCAGGAUUAUUCCCAUGUCCUUGCCCAGCAAGGUUCCACUAGACGUGGCCAACCAAGCUAAUGCUGCGUACGAAGAAAACAUUAUGCUGAUCCAAAGAGCUGAUUCGGAYACCGAGGACGCCAGUUGCUGCGGGACAACGAUGUCCUCAAAGCCUCCACGUUUGCAAGUGAAUUACAACCAUCAUUUGGAACGACUCGCGACCUACAACUUUUUGUCCAAUGAUCACGAAGACGAGGUCCUAGUGUUGUUCACAUCGGGAACCACGGGUAACAAAAAACUCGUCCCUCAUAAAUUAGGUGACAUGAUCAUUGCUGCUGCUGUCAUUGCAGUAUCUUGGAAUUUGAGUCACGAAGAUAUCAACUGCAAUCUCAUGCCUCUCUUUCACGUUGGAGGGAUUGUUCGCCAGGUCUUUGCCCCCAUCUUGAGCGCGGGCAGUGUCAUUUGUUGUCCGUCCUUUGAUGCGCAUCUGUUUUGGCAAUUGCUUUUGUCGCAACAUCCGUCGCAGCCUCGUUCAUCCGACGGGGUUGUGACUGUUCUCGGUGAAAACAAUCACACAAGCACAUUGCCGGCAUCAUUUACGUGGUAUUAUGCAGCGCCAACUAUGCACCAAGUGAUUCUGGCAAAUCUGCCCAGAAAUGACGAUGACGACGAAACMACUCCGCCACCCUUCACGAAAACAGCAGAUGGAGCAGAGCGUCACCUGCGCAUGAUUGCAAAUGCCGCAGGGGGACUUCUGCCUAGCUUGGCAAACGAACUUCGGAAUACUUUUGGAGCCAACGUCUUGCCUUCUUAUGGUAUGACGGAAUGCAUGCCUAUUAGUAGUCCGCCAUACAACUACGAAUUAACGAAACCGGGAACAAGCGGAGUGGCUGUUGGCCCAGAAAUUUGCAUUUUCAAUAAUAAUAUGAAAUCWAUGCCACCCAACAAGGAAGGAAAUAUUUGUGUCAGAGGGAGACCYUGUUUUCGUGGAUACGGGGCUGUUGGUGCAGUUCUCGGUGGUGGUCACAACCACAAGGUGCCAAGGGCUUUAGGGCAAGGCGGAUGGUUUAACACCGGAGAUUUGGGCUACUUGGACGAAGACGGAUACCUGUUCAUUACGGGACGUUCAAAAGAAGUUAUCAACCGAGGUGGAGAAAUUAUUUCUCCUCUUGAAGUAGAGGAAGAAAUUGUUCAGCAUCCGAGUAUUUUGGCAUGUGCUGCCUUCUCAGCUCCUCAUGAUGUCUUGCAAGAAGCGGUCGGUAUUGUCUUGGUACACAAACCAGGCUGUAGGAGGCUGGAUUUGCCAACUCUCCAYAUCUUCCUCCAAGAGAAACUAGCUCCAGCAAAAUGGCCGCAAUGCAUGGUAUACAUGAACGCACUACCAAAAUCACACACAAACAAGCUGCUUCGAGUGAAACUUGGACAACGCCUUAACUUGCCUGAGUUGAAUGAUGGUAUGGCUCCUGUUGAACGAACUUUUGAAGCAACUUGUCCGCCCCAGGGUACUCUGGUGGGAGUUUCCAUACCAUCUGAGAAURUCACGGUUGAUCUUGAAUAUAUCCAAGGAACRUUGCGACGCGAAUUGCAAGUUCCCGAAGAUGUUSAAGUCGAUGAAGAAUUUGAUGCGGUGAAACUUGAGCAGUCUUCGUCAGCCCAGAAGCAACUGAUUGUCACGGCGCACCCUUCACGGAUUGGUUCCGUCUCUGUCCACGUACGUAACGUCUGCCCAAAAGCAGUCAUUCAAACAUCGGAACGUGUCUUUGAUGCCUACCUACGCCCUUCCCAUGUAUGCAGCUACUCGGACGAAAUCUCUUUGCAAAAUAUCAAGAAAUACCCCGAGCCGACUGACGCUGUCAUGUGCAUCUUGAGAGGAGAUGUCGCGAAGAGAAUCAUAACGGAUCCAAUGGUUCGAGAAAUUCAAGAGCUUGURCAACAGCUGAUUGAUUUAGACUGUUUACCAGCAUACGAUUCAAGCUUUUUCCAUGUUGGCGGCUCAAGUCUUCUUGCGUCCCAAUUGGCGAGUCAAAUUCGCAAAAAAUACUCAUGCGAUUUUUCAGGAACAGAUAUUUUUCGGCACAAUACCUGUCUUGGUAUGGCACAGCAYAUCCAGAGGCAAAAAGGAAUAAUGUGCUCAGACAAUA